CAGCAUCGGCUCUAGGGGACCCCCAAAUGACUACACUUGAUGGUAAAAAAUAUGCCAUGAAUGGAUGUGGUGUUUACACAAUGAUGGAUAUUCCAUCACAAAACUUUACACUUCAGGUAGUGUAGACUUAGGUUAUUAGCCAAUAUUUUAUUUCAAUAAAGGCUGCUCAUUACUUUUGUCUCCGGAAAUCGGUAUGAAAGAAAUUUGUUUAAAAAUGAAAAUUGUUUGACGGAAGUUUGUUUGAAUGUUAAUUAUUUCAAAACAAAAGUUUGUUUAAAAUUAAAUUUCUAAAAGGGAGUUUUAUUUAUUCAUUUUGUAUUUAAAUUUUUAAAGUUGAAAUGGAAAUUUAUUAAUAAAUAAAAUAUAUUUUUGUUGGUUCUUUCCCAUUAUUUCACUGUGAACAAAUUUCCGUUCCAACUGCCAUCAAAAAUAAAUGUUCCGUCAAACAAAUUUCUUACAUUCAAAUUUCCAGUAGCAUUACCUUCUUAGGUUUUGGACAAAAUAUUUUUAUGCCCGUUUUGCCAUGACAUCUUGAAACAGCUGUCAGGAAAGACUAUCUGAGUUCACUGCUGAAAGAGUUUCCAUAUCUUUAUUUUUUUAAAGUCAUCUUCAGUAUAAAGUUUAUAUUUUAUCUUUCUUUGAUUGAUAGUGCCUAACAAUAAAUUUUACUAAUUUUUUUUUUUUAAUUUUUUAUAAGGGGUUAUGCAAGAUGGCAACCUCUAUUUCCAGUUAGGAUUUAAUAUAGUCAAUUUUGAAAUUGAUUACUAUCAAUAUUUCAGGCCCGCACUGGCCGGGCAGAAACAAAGAAAGGAACCCUUACUAAUGCCACAGUUUUUGUUGGAUUUGCUGUAGUGGAGGGAGACUAUCCUAUGUUUCAAGUGACAUUGUCAUCUACAAGCAAUAGUAUGUUGUGCUGACAAAGAGUAGUUUGUUACUUUUUUUUAUAAUAAGAAAUAAGGACUUUUACUUAAAUUUACAGAAAAAAAUGUGUGUUCAACCAUUCUUUAAACAAAAUAUUAAAUAGCAUUUUUAUUAAAUUAAAAAAUGAAACUAUUAUUAAAAGUAAAAGUCUUUGAUGAAAAAAAUUAAGUUUAAUAACUCACUUUCUAUUUGUCUCACAGCUAUGGUUCUCUUUGCUGAUGACCUUGACGUAACAAAUGAUUUCUACGCUCAAGACAAUUACAGCUCUUCAACAGGAUACAUGAACAUCAGAUGUGAAAACAGAAACAAUGUGACAACUGUUGUAGCAGUGUUUCCCUGGGGUAAAGCAGGUGAUGACUAUUUAUGAGCUACUUUUAUUUUGAAAUUUUUAUUUAUUGUUAAUUUGUAGUAUCAGCUUUCAAAAACAUAACAUUUCUUUAUAAUAUUUAACACUAUUUAGUUAAUUUUUACUUUAUUUUUAUCUACAGCAAAUACAUUUUAUCUAUAUUACUUUCCAGAAAUUAAAUAAGUUGUUUUAAUUAGUAUUUUACAAUAAAAUAGUCAAUUGAAAAUUCCUUUGGUAUGAUAAAAUAAUAUUAAGUCUUACAAAAAAUGUAGGUUUGUUUUUUAUAUGGCUAAGCUUCAGUCAAAUGUAAGAAAAAGACUUAAAUGCCUUAUCCAUAAGACUAUAAAUUUGUCAAAUCUAUUUCUUUUCAUUAUUUACCUAAAACACUAAGUGUUUGUUAUUUAAUUUUUUACUGGUGAUUCCUUUCUUAUGGAUUUUUUUUUCUCAUCAGAAACUUAAUUCUCAUUUAACACACUUUAAGUGGAUGAACAGAGUAUAGGCAUUAUUCUAGCAAAUGUUUGCAUUUAUUUCGUUAAAUUUUACCUCACAGACUAGGAUGAUUGAUAUUUAUUUUUUAAAUCGUUUUACCUCCAUUUAUUUAAAUCUUAGUUUAGACUAUCAUUAUUUAAUCUCUGAACAUCCCAGGUGUAUCCAUCAAAGUGAGUUUGGGUGUAAAAAGUUUGAAGCUGGAAAUGGAAGUGGACAAAUCCCUACAGGACAGGACCAGAGGUCUUCUAGGAAACUUGAACAUUAACAAAAAUGAUGAGUUCCAGUUACAAGAUGGCACGGUGCUGUCCCAAAAUCUAACAGAGGCAGAUUUUUUAUCUGUUUGCCAAAACAUGUGAGAAUUCUAAGUUUCAUUAAAUAUCCUAUGAGUAUUAUUCAAAGUUGUAGUUCCUCCCUCAAGUAGUAUAUGGUGUUGCGUGGGACUCUAUUGUGUUUCUGAAAAAACAUUUUACUUUUUUUUCCAAUGCCAAUGAUCAAUUUUACAAGGUUUAUCUGCAAUGAAAUAAGUUUUUAUCAAACUAUAGCAGAUUUUUAAAUAUUCUUUUAUACUUAUUUUUGGAUGAUUUGUCUGAUUCGCAGAGCCAAAUUAUGGCAUAGAGACUUCAUGUAUUUAGUUUCAUAUUUAGGUGUUUUUUUUCUCCAUAUUAAAAGUAGGCUUAAAUUAAGAUAAUUGUAAAGCAAGUUGUUUAUUCCUUUUCCUUUAAAUUUUUGUGAUAUUUAAGAAAUAAUUUUUUAAUUUUUUAAUGAAUUCAGACUUUUGGAAAAAAUUUAAACUUUUUGACCAAAAUCAUUUGCUUGGAUCAAUAUAUCUUAUAGCUAUUUAUUAUAUUUAGAAAAGACAUGCCCAAACAAAUCAUUUUUCAAGAAGUCGUAUAGUUACAAAUUACUUUACAACAGGGACUUUAAAUGGUUGGGAACAAUAGCUUCGAGUAGAGUAUUUAUAAUUAUUACAUCUUAAAAAUAUUUUACAACUCUGUACAUUUGAAAUUACUGAAAGAUUUUUAAUUUGUAUUCACUAAAGAAAUAAUUUUUUUAAAUGUAUAAUCUUUUAAAUAUCUUCAGGUACCGGUAAUUAAAAUAAAUCAAUUUAUGCAAUGUGAAGAAUCAUUUCAAAUUUUUUUCAUUUCUUAUUUAAAUGUUUAAAAAUGUUAAAUUCUAAUUACGUUAACUCUUCCAUUCCAAAGCUAACAAACAAUAUAUAUUUAUUAUUUGAUACAGAUGUUUCGCCAGCUGACUCCAUUUUCAACUUUGUAGAUGAAAAUGUCAGCAGAAUUGCAUGCCAAAAUAUGGAACCAAUAUUCAGAGAUGAAUUUAAUCCUGCUGACUUGUCCAGAGCUGUAGAGUUUUGUGGCAAUGAAAAUGAUGCUUGCAUAUUUGAUUACAUGCCUACAGGAGAUGAGACAUUUGCACAAAAUACGAG